UAUUUUACUUGUGAUAUAUUACUGUAUUGUGGCAAAGGCCCAUGAGGCUGCUUCUCCAAGAAACAAACAACAAACAGGUGGAUGGUGCCAUCUGCUGCUGUAUAUCUAUCUCAGUGGGUGCCGCUGUGUGUGAUGGCGGGAGUACCUGCGGAGUUUGUAUGCGUGAAAGCGGAGCCCGAUCAGGAGCACACUGCGGACAACCGUAUAGUUCUGCUGCUUGAGCCCAAAAUAGAGCGGGUGAAGGAGGAGCCAUGCGAGGAGCCCUGGGGCUCCGACUCGGGAUGUGAAGGCCCCGGGCACUAUGAACAGGACAUGGCAGGGCUUGUGCCGGACCACGGACAGUCUAUACUAGUUAAAGUAGAAAAGGAAGAGGUGAAGGAUGAAUCAGUAUGCAAGGAGGAGCCCCCGGGCUCCGACACAGGACCCUGUAGCCCCGGGCCAUACUCCGCACAGGCGGAGCUUGCGCCCGAGCUGUAUAUAGAGACCCAGCAUAGAGUUGCAAACCAAACAGGAUUCACUAAAAGUGAUCCACUGCAGAAGUGCGAAGUUCAACACAAGUCCAUCUCUGACCAGAACCAAUCACCAGAGAGUCAGGCACAGAACUCUGCUGAUCAACGAAUGGCUGUAGCGGGGACUCCGCAAGACAUCGACGAAGUCUUCGAAUGCGAGACAUGUGGCAAAACAUUCAAUAAAAUAUUCUACUUUACCUCACACAUGCAACUACACGAGUACAACUUGAAAAUCGUUGAAACGAAAACAAAAACAUACUCCUGCGACACGUGCGGAAAACAAUUUGAGACUAAAAAGCUUUUACGUGAGCACGAGUUGACACACGUGACCCGUGACUACCUUGCAAACCAAACUGGAAUCGCGAAACAAGAUCCACUGCAAAAGUGCGAAGUUCAACACAAGUCCAUAUCUGCCCAGCACCGAUCACAAGCCAAUCAGAGACGUAAGGCUGUGGCGGGUACUCCGCAAGACAUCGACGAAGUCUUCGAAUGCGAGACAUGUGGCAAAACAUUCAAUCAAAUAUUCUACUUUACCUCGCACAUGCAACUACACGAGUACAACUUGAAAAUCGUUGAAACGGAAACGGAAACAUACUCCUGCAAUUCCUGCGGAAAACAAUUUGCGACUAAAAAACUUUUACGUGCGCACGCGUUGACACACGUGACCCGUCACCCUUGCAAAAUUUGCGGUGAAACGUUUAGAUUUUUGUAUAAACUGAGGGAUCAUAAAAGAGUUCACACGAGUGAGAAACCACGACCCUACGACUGCGAAAAAAAUAUACGAGCAAAAUCUAGCUUAAUCGGUCAUGGUGGAACUCAUAGCGUCGGGUACUCAUGUGAGAUAUGUAAUACGACAUACUCGCAUUUAAAUAGUUUAAUGUAUCAUACCACAAAGUAUCACAGUUAGACAUAGAGUGCUCACUCCAUACAUCAGUGUUGUUACAAAAAAAAGUCUAAUACCAGACUUUUCGGUCGGUGCUACAUCUAUUGUCAUUUGACAGUAUAGGUACUAAUACUAAUUAAAAUUAACGUCGCUGUCAAAAAAUCUGUUCGAAGCGGUGACGCUCGCCAGUACCUCUAAUAAGUUUUAUUAAAUUUUAACAACUUUUUUGUAUGCAAGUUAUAAUUAUUAUGUUUUGUGUUUCAUAAGAAAAUGGUAAAGUAUAUGAAUAAUUGGUCAUUUUGUGUGCAUAAGGCAUAAUAAUAAAGAUAAUCACUGGUAAAUUGGAAUGUACACCACGGUUACCGUUGACAAGUUUGUAAAGAUGUACUUACAUUCAACUACGGUAACCACCGUGUACGUUGCCAACCUAUCUGUACUUAACUUUUGUUUUGAAUCUAUCGAUUUUACGUGUCCUUGUUUAUUUAAAAUAUUUUUAAACAGAAUGGUUUCCUUUCUUUGUCUGUAGUAUUUAACACUAUGUAGAUCGCAUAAGAUUUUAGCUUUAAUUCACGUAAAAAAUGUAUGUUCUGAUUAUGAAUCAGAUUCCGAUGAGGAACCAACGCGCAUUCAAACAAUACUAUUCUGACGAUAGCCCUGAUCCACCUUCUUUAAAUUCUUCUUUGGGGCGAUUAAAAUUUGCUAGACAGCUUGUCGGACGAGGAUGAGGUCGAUAAAUAUAAUCAAGCACGAUUUAAUUCCGAAAGCACGUUGAUUCUCUUUCGAGCGUAUUAGAGUUGUGUAAUCUCCAUCUACAGUUAUUUAUGAUGCUUUGCCUACACUACACUUGAACACUCAUCGCCAUUAACUACAUACUAGGGCAACAAGAGGUUCAUAUAAACACGUGAAAUGUAACAGCCUGAAAAAAAACAGAAUUAGAUACAGCUUUAGGUUACUUUUAGAACUUCCGGUUUGAGCUAUUCGAAGGACAUUGUAAAGCGACGAAGAUUGGUAACCGAUGAAAUGAAAGUUGAGAAACUGUGCCAUAAGAAAAAAAAUACAAAAGGCUCUGAAAUAGCGUCCUACAGAGUUAUAGACAGUCUUUGGUUUAACAACAUGGGGCAUUUUCCUGAGAGUGGACCGUAAAAUGUACACUACUACAGGGAUAGACAAAAUUUUAUAGCGUCAAAUGCAAUAUGCUCCUUUGUUUAAUUGUCGGAGAAACAAAAAAACUAAAUUGCUUUUAACAAUUUCACACUAAAUUAUGUUUUUUCAUAAUAAUUUACGUUAAUUUUUAUAUAAUAUUUUACUGGCUUCUUGGCAGCGGUAAUCAGCGUGUACAUAGAACAAUGUUACUUUUCUUGUUAUAAAAUUGGCAACGUGCAUGUGAUGUACAUAGAUUUUCUGAAAAACCGAUAAUACUGGGUUUUUUUCAAACAUUUUUCUGUAGACCCCCAGACGGUAUUCAAUAAAGGUAUGCUACUAUAUUACUUGUUUUUACAAAUUUUUUCUCUUGCCAAUUUAAGGGUUAAUAUCGACUAUGAAA